AUGGCCGACGAGGAACCACGCGACAUUAAACUUGAUCUUGAAAAGGACUGCCUGGCGAACAACUGCCAACAUAAAGUGCUCGCCUACAAUGCCUGCCUCGAGCGCAUCAAGGAUAUCCCUUCAGAAAAGGAGCCCCACUGCUACCACCAAUACUUUGAUAUAGUUCAUUGCGUCGAUGUGUGCGUUGACCCAAAGCUGUGGCCAACGUUGGUGUAA